AGCUCUGGGUGGCGCUGCGUGCGGUCAGCGAGUCUCCCGGGGUCCUCGCUCGCCCCCUCGUUCUCCGCGAAGCCCCUGGUGCACCGUCCCGAAGGCCAUGGGGCGGCAGUGGGGGCCCGCCAUGAGGGCAGCUGAGCAGGCGGGCUGCGUGGUGAGCGCCUCCCGGGCGGGGCUGCCGGAGGCGGACUCGUGGAGCUGCAGCGGGGUGAUCCUGAGCCGCAGUCCGGGCCUGGUGCUGUGCCACGGGGGCAUCUUCACGCCCUUCCUGCGGGCCGGCAGCGGGGCGCUGACUGCGGCCGGCGCCGCCUUCCUGCCCGGCGACAGUUGCGGCGACGACCUGCGCCUGCACGUGCAGUGGGGUCCAACGGCCGCGAGUCCCGCAGGCCGCGCGGAGCGGGGCCGCCCCGGGCUGUGCACGCCCCAGUGCGCCGGCCUGGAGCCCGGCCCGCCGGCGCGGCCCCGCGGGCGGCCCCUGCAGCCCCCGCGCCCCGCCGAGCUGCUGCUGCUGUUGAGCUGCCCGGCCUUCCGGGCCCACUUCGCGCGCCUCUUCGGGGGCGAGGCGGCCGAGCAGUGGCACUUCGCGAGUGCGGCGCCGGACGACGAGGUGUCGGAGGACGAGGAGGAGGAUCAGCUGAGAGCGCUGGGCUGGUUCGCGCUGCUGAGCGUGCGGCCGGGUCCGGAGGAGGAGGCGGAGGAGCGCGGGCCGGCCAUGGCCGUGGCGCCGCUCGGGGCCGUGCCCAAGGGCGCGCCGCUGCUGGCCUGCGGCUCCCCGUUCGGGGCCUUCUGCCCGGACAUCUUUCUCAACACGCUCAGCCGCGGCGUGCUCAGCAACGCGGCCGGCCCGCUGCUGCUCACCGACGCGCGCUGCCUGCCGGGCACCGAGGGCGGCGGCGUGUUCGCGGCGCGACCCCCGGGGGCUCUGGUGGCGCUGGUGGCGGCGCCCCUCUGCUGGAAGGCCCGCGAGUGGGUGGGCCUCACGCUGCUCUGCGCCGCCGCCCCUCUCCUCCGCGCCGCCCGAGCCGCGCUCGGCCGCCUGCACCCCGGCGCCGCUGCCCUGGCCGCCCUCCUGCCGCCCGAGAUGGGCGCCCCGUGGGGCAUGCCCCUCCGAGACCCGGGGCCCCCGUGGGCAGCUGCGGCUGCGAUGGUGGAGUGCGGCACUGUGUGGGGCUCCGGGGUGGCCGUGGCGCCCCGCCUCGUGGUGACCUGCCGGCAUGUGGCUCCUCGGAAGGCAGCCAGGGUUCUGGUGCGCUUCACCACCCCCAAGAGUGCCAUGAUCUGGGGACGUGUGGUGUUUGCUACCCAGGAGACAUCUCCGUAUGAUAUAGCAGUGGUGAGCCUGGAGGAAGACCUAGAUGGUGUCCCGAAGCCUGUGCCCACUGAGCAUUUCCAUGAAGGCGAGGCUGUCAGUGUGGUGGGCUUCGGCGUCUUCGGCCAGGCUUGUGGGCCCUCAGUGACCACAGGCAUCCUGUCAGCUGUGGUGCAGGUGGAUGACACACCGGUGAUGCUGCAGACCACGUGUGCUGUGCACGGCGGCUCCAGCGGGGGACCCCUCUUCUCCACCUGCUCAGGGGACCUCCUGGGCAUUGUCGCCAGCAACACCCGGGACAAUAACACAGGGGCCACCUACCCCCACCUGAACUUCAGCAUCCCCAUCACAGUGCUCCAACCAGCCCUGCAGAAGUACAGUCAGACAGGCGACCUGGGCGGCUUCCUCGAGCUGGACCGUGCGACUGAGCCGGUGAGGGUGGUGUGGCGGCUGCAACGGCCCCUGGCAGAGGCACCGAGGAGCAAGCUCUGAGGCUGUGUCACCCCUCUGGAGGGAAGAGCAACCCGUUUAUGCCAUGGGAAGUGCUGAGGCUGGCAGCGUCAGGAUCCUGACUCGGCACACCCCAGCUGGGCCGCCUCCCCAUCACCCCACCGUGGUCAGCUCCGGAGUCGGGAUCGAACUUCUCUUCAGCCCCAUGGGUCUCCAGCUUGCCAGCCGGUUUUGGGGUGCUUUCUGGAGCCCCCACCUCUCUCUGCCCCCGGCACUAGGCUCAGCUGUGUUAUUUCCCCUCUGGGGAGCCCAGUACAGUUGCACAUCAGCCCUGGUGCUGACAGACAGAUGCUGGCUGGAAGGCAAGCCCAGCUCUGGUUUUGCAUCUGUUCACUGUCUCCUGACGGCCACAGGCCACGUAGAGCCGCUGCUUCACGGAGGCCUUGGCUUCUCUCUGCUCUUAAGUCAGAAUUGGGCUGACAGAGCCCUGGGACUUCCUCAGGAAGCUUUGGCAGAGAGGCUCUGCUCUGAGGGCCAGAGACGAAAGGAAAUGAGCAUCUUCCUGUUCUGCUAGACCUACGGGGAGGUGGAAUCCCUGAAAGUCAGGACUCCUGGGUCUCUGUAUGUCAGAUGUUGCUGACCUACAGGGGCAUUCUGACAGUGCCUUAAUUUUCCAGCCCAUAAAAUGGGCCUCAGGAACCUUGGGAGGUAGACUGUGGUUGGGGUUUGGGAAUAAACAGGACCUAUAGGAGGACCUCUAUUCGUCUAUAGAUCAGAUUCUUUUUUUUUUUUUAAUGAAUUUAUUUAUUUUUUUUGUGAGGAAGAUCAGCCCUGAGCUAACAUCCAUGCCAACCCUCCUCUUUUUGCUGAGGAAGACUGGCCCUGGGCUAACAUCCGUUCCGAUCUUCCUCCCCAUUAUAUGGGAUGCCGCCACAGCAUGGCCUGACAUGCGGUGUGUCGGUGCACACCCGGGAUCCGAACCCGGGCCACCAGCAGCAGAGCGUGAGCCCUUAACCACUACGCCAUGGGGCUGGCCUCUAGAUCAGAUUCUUUUUUCUCUUCUUUUUUUGGGGAGUUGAAUUGGGAAUAGGAAAGUGCCAGGCACAGAAAUACACCUUUUCUGUCCUGCUGUCUCGUCGGGCUUUGAUCUCACUGGAUAUUCUGGUCCAGACGUCCUCAUAGCUGGUCAUGGCACCAGUCAGCACUGGGUGGGGCUUGCAGAUCCCACAAGGUGGUGGUCUUAGCCUGGCAGCCAGUGUUUACAGAGUGCUGGAUGUGCCAAGGCCUAUGCUGGGCCCCGGGGUGGGUGGGAGUUGGGAAGUUCAAAGGCAGCCCCUGGGAGCCAAGACCAACCUUGCCAGUGAGGAGCAUGCACUGUGUGCCUACGGCCCUACACAUGCAGGACCUCAAGAAAUGACUGUUAAAUCAUUGACAGGUUGGAUGCCAUUUAGGGGAUGACUGGGCCGCUAAUUCUAAGCAGAGAGAAUUGCUGGGAGUACCUUGUUUCUAACAUUUAUUUGUGGAGUGCCAGCUCUGGGCAACCAUAGAACACUCCUGUGAUGGUGGUUCUCCCCUUUAUGGAUGAGGAAUGGGUCCAGAGGGCCGUGUUAUCUUGAGAGAAAUCCCAUAGUAAAUUAAUGGAGGCAAGGGGUGAAGGCUGAGGUCUAACUUUGCUGGAGUGGGAGAGGGAGGGUUUAUUCUGGCAUGUGUGGGUACCAAAGAGCUCAGGCUAUCAUGGAGAGACUUUUGUGUCAGCCCGUUAGUGCGAUGAGCAGGGCAGCCCUGGCCUGCUCAGAUGGAAGACUAUGUCCAGGGGCCCAGGGAGGGAGGAUCAGGCAAGGCUUCAUCAAGGUGACUCACGAGCUGAACCCCAAAAGGAGAGUAGGUGUUUACCAGAUGGGCUGGAAACAGGGAGGGUGUUCCAGGUUGAGAGCAGGAGCUGGGACAAGGAAGUGUAAAACCACAUGCACCUUCUGGCAGUGCUAAGCGGGAGAAAAUUGGAAAGGAGCAAGACUGGAGGCUGGAGAACCAGUUACAGUGGCCCUGGUGAAGGAGAAGACGGUUAAAGUAGGACCAGGGGGCAUGGAGAUGAAGUGACGACACAGGAGGUGGAACUGCCUGGAUGUGGGGCAAUGCAGAGAAAGAAAGGUCAGAUGGUGCCUGGAUUUCUGACUAGGAUAAUGAGUGGCUGAGUUUAGGGACAAGUUGUUUCCCUUGGGAUGUCUGUGGGACCUCAAGUAGAGAGGUACAGCAGGCUGCUGAAUAAGUGCAUGAGGUAGGAUAGCGCAGUAAAAGAUCUCCCUUCCCCCAUCUCAGUGGCUUAAGACAAUAGAAGUUUAUUUCUUGCUCAUAUAAAGUCCAAGGUAUAGUGUUCCUGACUGGGAAGGGAAGGGUGGCUCUUGUGCAGUAGUGGUGAGGAACCCAGGCUUCUUCUCUCUUGUGGCUCUGUCAUUGGGUCUGGGACCUCAGAGUCCUCUGCCAGGGCCUCUGUACCUGGCUGGUGGAUGGGGGAAGAGACAGAGGAGAAGAUAUUCCUGCUUUAAAAAAAAAAAAAAAAUUUAUUUUGAAACAAUUUCAAACUUACAGAAAAGUUGCAAGAAUCUUCAUACACCCUUCACCCAGACACUCUGUUCCACUUUUGCUGAAUGCCCCAGUGAAGGUCUUUGUGACAAAAUGUUCUAAUUUGGGAUCAUGAGUUGUACCCACCUGCCAGGGCUCUGUUGCCCCUUGACUUGGAGCAGCUGCUCAGUCUUUCCUUGAGUUAGAUGCCCUUGACCUUCCUGAAGAUAGCAGGGCAGUCAUUUGUAGAAUGUGCGUUAGGUUGGGUUUCUCCACGCUUCCUCAGGAUUAGAUUCAGAAUGUGCAUCUUUGGCUGGGAUGUCACAUCAGUGAUGUCUUCUUGUCAGUGUCCUACUGGGAGGCACACGAUGUUUCUUUGUCCCAUUACAGAUGAUAACAUCGAUUAUUUGAAUAAGGUGGUGCCUGCUAGGUUCUCCACCGUAAAGUUCCUUUUUUUUCUUGGUACAGUAAGUAUUUUGUGCGGAAAUACUUUGAGACUAUAUAAAUAUACUGUUCCUUACCCCACUUUCUCCUACUAUGUUUAUCAUUCAUUGAUGUCUCUUGGCUGAAUAACUUUAAUGGUUGCCAAAUGGUAAUUUUUUAUUAUCAUUAUUUCUUGUACAUUUAUUAGUUGGUAUUGUAUUGUAAGAGCUUUCCCUUCUCUCUGUUUAAUUAUCUGUGUGGACUCAUGGAUUCAUAUUUUAUUCAAUGGAUUAUAAUCUGUUAUUAUCAUUAUUUAUUUUGAUGCUCAAGUUGUCCUGUAUUGGCUGGUGAGAGCUCCUUUCAACUAGCGUCUGUGUUCUUUUGGCACCUCCCCAUCGUUCUUUGAGUCCUUCCUUCAAAACAAAAUGUUCUGGGCUUACCUUGUACUUUCUCUGGAAUCAGCCAUUUCUCCAGGGUUCUUUUUACUGGAGAAUGGUAUUUAGAAGCCAAGAUCUAGGAACUAAGUGUGCUUAUGCUGAGGUGUUGCUAGGCCCUCCCAGUAGACAGACCUUACAUCUAUAUUUAUUUCUAUCUCUACAUAGCAUAAGCCAUGAGUUAACACAAAUAGUUCCAAUUUGAAUUCAAUACCACAAGAUUCAUUCUAGCUCUCCCCUUGUCAUAUUUGUACCUCCCUCCUGUCAGAAACCCGGCUCCAUCUUCCUCCAUAUGUUUACUUGUUUGCUCCCUCACCUGCAUGUGGUCAAUCUUCUAACACCAUCAGGCUGCCCCUGCCACCCUGCUCUGAUGCUUUUCUUACACGGGCCAGCAUUACUGCUCCCCACAAGCCUGCCUUGGUUUUUUGACUUCACUAGGAAGAGGGAAGGAAGCCACCCUUCUUCACUGCUGCGGCCCAGAAGUGACAUAUAUCAUCCCUGCUCACAUUCCUUCCGUGAGAAUUUUGCACCACCCAGAAGCAAGGGGUAGUGGUGGGAAAUGUAGUCCCUGGCUGGGCAGAUGCUUCUCAGCAGGACCUCUUCCCCAUAGUAGGGGAGAAUGACCUUUGUAGAGAGCUGGCCAGCUCUGCCAAGCUGGAUCUUGUUCUAGUGCUGCUUUGGAAACAAAGACUCACUCCUAUUACCUAAAUAAAAGUAGAUUUAGUGUUCACACCCUCCUGGACAGGUGCAAGAAAGCUCCUUGACCUGGGGAGGCUCCAGGGGCUACUAGGUAUAAGUGAUGACUCAGCAUCCCUCUCUGCUUUGUUCACUCUCUUCUGGCCUCUGCACUCAGUCUCUCCUUCCUCAUAAGUGCAGUGUGCAUUUGGCCAUCCAGUCCUUUCUGGCCCUGCUCUCCAUGACCUUUUAUCUGUAAGUGUUCUUAUCACAUGCCCAUUAUCAGAUUUCCUCAAUAAAUGCCCAAGAGAGCAAAUAUCUGA